UUUCUUUUUUUUGAAUUAUCACAUUCCGCGCACUUGUAUUUAAGCGAUAAGAUAAUUAAUGUUUGAUUUAUGAAAAUCAAUAAUUUAAAAACGAACGAUAUUUAUAUGUUAGAUCAGUUGUAUACAACAAUCAUGUUUCCAAUGACAAUUGUUUCGUUUAUAUUAUUAAUUUUGAUGAUGAUAAUAUUUCCAGUUUCUGGAACUUUGUUUAUUCGUCGUUCGUUUAUUGUUGAAACACUACCACAUGAAUUGAAUUAUAAUGAUGAGAAUAAAUCCAAACCAACAGCUGAUGCAUGGUUAGAAUUGAUUAAUUCGGCUAAUCAUUCAAUUGAUAUUGCAUCAAUGUAUUGGACAAUGUUCGGUAAAGAUGUAAUGCAAAAUCCUGUUCCUGAAAGUAAAAAAGGUGAAAAAUUCAUUGCAGCAUUAAUUGAUGCUGCUAGAAAUCGUUCCAUACGAUUAAGAAUUGCUGUUAAUGAUGAAAAAUCCAAUGACAAUGACAACAAUGAAGAUUUAAAAUUAUUACAAAAAUAUUCACAAAUACGAAGAGUAAAUUUUGUCCGUUUGAUUGGUGCUGGUGUAUUACAUACAAAAUUUAUUAUUGUUGAUCGAAAAGAUUUCUACAUCGGUAGUGCCAAUAUGGAUUGGCGUUCAUUAACACAUGUCAAAGAAUUGGGAAUCAUAAUACAAAAUAAUCCAGAAUUAGCUGAAGAUUUGUUGAAAAUUUUCGAUAUUUAUUGGUCGAUGGGUGAACAAAAUUCGGUAAUACCCACACCAUGGCCAUCAAUCUAUGAUGCCCGAUAUAAUGUUACUAAUCCAUAUAGAAAUCAAAUAAAUCCCGAUGAUGAUGAAUAUAGCAUAUUUUUGACAUCAUCACCACGACAAUUUUGUUCAUCAACUCGUACAAAUGAUCUGGAUGCUAUUAUUGAUAUUAUCAAUGAAGCAGAAAAAUUCAUUUACAUAGCAGUCAUGGAUUAUUAUCCAUUAUUUUUAUAUGAAAAAAAAUCUCAUUAUUGGCCUAUUAUCGAUGAUGCAUUGAGACGUGCCGUUUGGGAACGAAAUGUUCAUGUUCGUCUAUUGGCAAGCCAUUGGAAUGAUACUCGACCAUAUAUGACAUUGUUUUUGAAAUCAUUACAGGCUUUGAAUGGUGGUGAUAAUGAAAAUACAUUGAAUGGUUCGAUUGAAACAAAAUUAUUUACAUUUCCAAUGUGUCCAUUUAUAAAAAAUCCGAUUCCAUAUUCUGAAGUUAAUCAUAAUAAAUAUAUGAUCACCGAUAAAGUUGUCUAUAUUGGCACAUCAAAUUGGUCAGCCGAUUAUUUUGUUAAUACGGCUGGUGUAGGUAUCGUUAUGAAUGUAACUACUACUAAUUCAAAACAUUCAACAUCAUUGUAUAAUCAAAUUCAAAGAAUUUUUCUUCGUGAUUGGAAUUCAAAUUAUGCCAAAAAUAUUGGAUAAAUUUCAUUUUAAUUUUUAUAUAAUAACGAUAUAUUAAAAUUGAUUUUUAAAUUUUU